GUAGUAGUCACGGUUGCCGUCUGAGAGGAGUUCAGUGUGUCUUCUCGGUCUACUCUAUUUGGUUGAGCUUCGUUGAAGCAGCUAUCGGUCGGUUAGUGUCCGUCUAAGCAAAAUCAAGCCAGCCUGGUCCAGGGCUCUAGCGAUUGCUGCUGAAGUGGAGUGGAAAAAGCCUUGUCAGAAACCAACUAAACUGCGACCGUCCGGUGAUCCAUUUCUAGAAUAGUGCUCUUCUUCGGUUCCAGUUGUGCUUCGUGGGGCCAACCCACCCAGAAGUGACUGAACUGUACGAAAGUGUGGGCAAGUUUUUCGAUCAUAUCAGAAAAGGUUAGUUACCCGUUCAGCUAGGCCAAAGGAAGAAAAUGUUUGUGCUGCAAAGCAAGCAAACUUCCAGCCAAUUUUGUUCGGACCGAGCUUGAAGUUGCUGGAAUUCCAAGGGGCCAACUACUUGCCCGAAAGUGUACAGUGGGCAAUAUUUAUUAUCAAUAUCUGGAAAGGAAAAUUUUGCAAUCCUAGCAAGCAGUAGGAAAAAGAGAGAAAGGGGGUGUAUUUUCCAAAUCGCGAAAAUUCGUUUCAGGGAGUGUGAGUAUUCCUUAGUCUGUCAGCGCCAGAAGUAAGAGGAGCUCCAAACUUGCCCCAAACAAGUGUGUGUCUGUGUAAGUGUGACAUUCUUCCAAGUGCGUGCGGGAAAUCGGAGGAAAAUUCAAUAUAAAGAAGUGUGUUUUUUUUCUCGGUGUUCGUUUUCACAGCAGUAGCGUAUGCAAGUGGAAGUGAAAAUUCCCCCAACAGCCAGAGUGUGAGAGGGAGAAAUCUCGCGAGAAGAGGAUACAAUUUGGGGGUUGAAGUUAAUUGAAAAGUGAUUCAUUAUUGUUAUUAUUGCUAGUCAAAACUGGGAACACCAACCCACCACCCACCAUCACAUCAGUGGAAAGAUCAACGUGUGAAAACUCACAUUCAGAAGAUUCGAUAGCCUUCCAACAUCGUCGUUCGAUCAGCCGGUUCUGCUGAAUCUAGAGUAACCUCUCUCGCGCGCACUAGUCGAGCUAUUUCAAGAUCUCACAUAGUAUUAAUAUAAGCCAUGACCAAAAAGUUUGAAUUCAACUGGCAAAUCCCGGUCCCAGAGGCGCUACAAACCGGAUGCGUCUUCGAUCGCUGGACCGAGGAAAAGGACAACAAUGAGUUCGAACCGGCGUGCACCUUCAAAGUUGACGAGUAUGGGUUCUUUGUGUACUGGAAAAGUGAAGGCAAGGAAGGGGACGUCAUCGAACUUUGUCAAGUCAGCGACAUCCGAGCCGGCGGAAUGCCAAAGGACACGAAGCUAUGCAAUCAGUUAAUCAACAAACACGGAGACGCGGUGGAGGAAAAAUCACUGACCAUCUGCUCCGGCACAGACUACAUCAACAUCAACAUGCAGCACGUGGUCUGUCCGGAUGCUGCCACAGCGAAGCUUUGGCAACAAGGACUUCGUGAAAUUACUCACAACUGCAAAAUAAGCAACGUUUGUCCGCGGACCAAUCUGAUGAAGCAUUGGAUGAGGCUAGGUUUUCUGGUGGAUCCUCGUGGAAAAGUUCCUGUGAAAGUCGUCGCUAGGACAUUCGCUUCCGGUAAAACGGAAAAGCUAGUCUACCAAAUUCUGUCUGACUUGGGACUGCCCAGCGGAAAGAACGAUGCGAUUGAGCGGAAAGAUUUUACGUUCGAAAAGUUCUACGAGCUGUACCACAAAAUUUGUCCCCGGAAUGACAUCGAGGAGUUGUUUCGAUCCAUCACCCAGGGUAAAGCAAAUGCCAUCAAUCUGGACCAGUUCAUAAACUUUCUCAACGAGAAGCAGCGCGAUCCUCGGCUGAAUGAAAUUCUGUAUCCGCUGUACGAUGAGAAACGAGCGAUCGAAAUCAUCACCACCUACGAGCAGGAUGAGAAAGCGCGAGAUGAAAAAUCCCUAACCAAAGAUGGCCUCAUUCGAUAUCUGAUGUCGGACGAGAAUGCACCGGUGUUCCUCGAUCGGCUGGACAUCUACAUGGACAUGGAUCAGCCGCUGUCGCACUACUACAUCAACUCGUCCCACAAUACGUACCUGUCCGGUCGCCAGUUCGGUGGUAAAAGUUCGGUGGAAAUGUACCGCCAAACGUUACUGGCUGGCUGCCGUUGUGUCGAACUGGACUGCUGGGACGGCAAGGGCGAAGAUGAAGAGCCUAUCAUCACCCACGGAAUGGCUAUGUGUACGGAUAUUCUGUUUAAGGACGUAAUUUAUGCUCUCCGUGAUACAGCUUUCGUGACCUCAGACUGUCCUGUGAUCUUGUCAUUCGAGAACCACUGCUGUCGAUCACAGCAGUACAAACUAGCUAAAUACUGUGAUGAAAUUCUCGGUGAUCUGCUGUUGAAGGAGGCACUGCCGGAUUAUCCGCUGGAACCGGGAGCUCCCCUACCGCCUCCUUCGGCUCUGAAGCGAAAAAUCAUGAUAAAAAACAAACGACUUAAGCCAGAGGUAGAGAAACGCGAAUUGGAACUCUUUUUGCAGGGUGAAUUCGUGGUCGAGGAUGAGGUAAAGGAAGAUGCCAGUGCCGUACGUAAGCCAGAGCCAACCGAAGAGUCCGCUGCUGCACCAGCGGCAGCCGCAGCAGCUACUGCAGAAGGUGGUGAUGAAGCUGCGGCUGCACAGUACACCGGUUCAACGACCAACGUGCAUCCAUGGCUAUCGUCGAUGGUAAAUUAUGCCCAACCUAUCAAGUUCCAAUCAUUUGAAUCUGCCGAGCAGAAGAAUAUCCAUCAUAACAUGUCCUCGUUUGCGGAGACUACCGGCAUGAAUUAUCUGAAGCAACAGGCCAUCGAUUUCGUUAACUAUAACAAACGUCAAAUGUCCCGCAUCUAUCCGAAGGGAACCAGAGCGGAUUCCUCUAAUUAUAUGCCACAGGUCUUCUGGAACGCCGGCUGCCAGAUGGUGUCUCUCAACUUUCAGACGUCAGAUCUUCCGAUGCAACUUAACCAGGGUAAAUUUGAAUACAACGGCAAUUGUGGUUACUUACUGAAACCCGAUUUCAUGCGACGAGGCGAUCGAAGUUUUGAUCCAUUUGCUGAUGCCCCGGUGGACGGUGUGAUUGCCGCUUCCUGUGGUGUACAGGUCAUUGCUGGUCAAUUCUUAUCAGACAAAAAAGUUGGCACAUAUGUCGAAGUCGAUAUGUACGGUCUGCCGUCCGAUACAGUGAGAAAGGAAUUCCGAACCCGUCUAGUCCCUGCCAACGGUCUUAACCCUGUUUACAACGAAGAACCUUUCCUAUUUCGUAAAGUUGUCUUACCGGAUCUCGCUGUGCUUCGGUUCGGAGUGUAUGAUGAGAACGGAAAACUUCUCGGACAACGAAUCCUUCCGUUGGAUGGUCUUCAGGCCGGUUAUCGGCAUAUUUCUUUGCGUACCGAAGCCAACUUCCCCAUGUCCUUGCCGAUGUUGUUCUGUAACAUUGAGCUGAAAAUCUACGUCCCCGAUGGAUUCGAAGAUUUCAUGGAUGCAUUGUCGGAUCCUCGGGCAUUCAUGGGUGCAGCGAAGGAACGAUCGGACAACAUGAAAGCUAUGGGAAUCGAGGAAUCCAGCUCCGGGGCGGCGGCUGACGCAACAAAGGGUGUCAAAAAGGAAGAACCUCCCGAGCCGCCUCUAGUUUUCGAUCCGAUUACGGUCGAAUCGCUACGUCAGGAGAAAGGAUUCCAGAAAACAGCCAAAAAGCAACAGAAAGAACUGGAUAGCGUGAAGAAGAAGCACAUGAAGGAACGAAUGGGUCUCCAAAAGACGCAGAACGCCGCCAUCGAGCGAUUGAUCAAGGGAAAGAGCAAAGAGGAGAUCAAAGCAGAUGCUGCUAUUCGCAAAGUUAUCCAGGAACAAAACGCUCAGUGGACCGAAAUGAUCGAACGCCACAAGAAGGAAGAGUGGGACCUGCUUAAGCAACAGUUGGACGAUCAACGCGAUAUUUUGCGAAAGUUGAUGGAAACAACGCAGGCGGCCCAGAUGAAGCAACUUGAGGCCAAACACGAGCGUGACAUCAAAGAUUUAAACACUCGUCAAGCCAAAAUCUCGGUCGAAACCUCCAAAGAAGUCGCUAACGACAAAACACUCAAAACAAAGGGUGAAAAAGAUCGUCGACUGCGCGAAAAGAAACAGAAUAAUAUAAAACGGUUCAUGGAUGAGAAGAAGACGGCCCAAAUAAAGCAAAACCGCGAGAAGGAGAAGUUGAAAGUCACCCACGAUAAGCAGUUGGAAGAGUUGACCAAUGAUGUUCAGAAGUUGAUGGAGAUGUACAAAAUCGACGAAGAGGAGUACAAGUUGACCAGCAAGAUGGAAUUCUUUGUCUGAGAGUUCAUCACGGAGCAACCAGAAACCUCCUAAAACUACCGGAAGCACUGAACUUUUAGCAUUAAGCGAGAGGAAAAAAAGGAUCCAUCAAUUUGGUACGACAGCUACUAGAAUCAUAAGUCGAAUACCAACGAGUUGGUUCGCUUGGCAUUUGAGACGCUUGGAAUGUAAUCAUGCUAUCACAUUUUCACUUUUGAGCCAAAAUUUACUUACCUUAAGGAUUGUAUAUUCCGGCAAAUGAUUGUUGUGGAAUUAAAAGUGAAGGAAUAUUUAACGUAAAAUAUACUUCUAUGUUCACAAAUAAUGGACAACAUGGAAUCGUAAUUGUUUGUCAUCAUAGAACCAAAUUUCUAUACUAUAGAAAAUUCCUGUAGAAAAAAGUCUUAUAUCGUGUUCAUCCACAAAUGAGAAUGUCAGAACGUGUUCGACUAUAUUGCAAAAGUGGUCUAGCAAACCAAUUUCAGUGAUCAGCGUUGUUCUCAUGCCAAACGAAUUAGACUCAAUAGUGAGAAGAAAAAAAAAUGAACUUCAAAGUAUAUGAGUACGGAAAACCCCAUAUUUUAGGAAAAUAUUAAGCAUUACUAUGCUCCACUAUCAUGGCAAGGAUGUAUCAUUUUGAACAAGAGAAUCUAGGAAAUCCAAAAGUAGAACAAAGAAAUAGAUUUAAACAAUAUACUAUUAGUAAUGAAAUAAACUACAAUUACCGUGGUCUAGUGUAAAAACGAAAAGUGAGAUUAAUUGUUUCUGUAAUAGCAUAUUUUUGCAAAAUGAAAGUUGGUAAAGUUCACUAAUGGAUGAUAAACUUGAUUGUUUCUGCUUGUAAUGCCAGCAGAAAAUGUGCUCACGAUAAUUUUGCUAGUUACUCAGUAUUGGAUUAGUAGGACUCUCAGUUGAAUAUAAACAUAGUGUGCCAUGGGUCACGUUUGUUAUUUUAUUUCUCUGUGUUACUUCGAUUGACAUGGUUAAGUUUCGAGGUUUUAAUUGAAGGUAAGUGUUUCGCCGUUACACGUGAGAAGUCAAUUAGGGAAGCACAUGCAAAGAUAGUCCUUAUUUAAGAACGCACGUUUCAAAACGAUAUUUGUUUCCAAAGUUCUCUGAAAGCAAUCGGUGUUUUAAAUUCGUCAAAAUUAGUAACUCGUCUCAAUUGGCAGAAAACUGUAAAGAAUACAAAAAUGUGAAACUUACUACAAGGCAACAUUAUUUAUGGUUAUGCCAUAGAAGUUUUCGGAUUUACUCAUAGUAAAUCUUAUUAGCAUUAUAAACUGAAAACAUUUUUUAAUGCAAGUUAUAAAACGUAGACUAAGAAGGAUAACUAAAAAGUAUUCAACCAAAGUAUGACCUCCCCCACCACCCUCCUUCCAGAAAGUUCCUCCAACGUAAAUCUAUAGUUAAGUCCAUUCAUACCUUUCCUUCCCCUCACUCCUAACACAUACGAACGUAAAACAAACGAACUGCUGUUAGAAAUAAAACAAACUUGAAAUAAACUACAACAAAAAAUCAUGAGUGCCUAUAACGCAAAUAAAUCAUCCCUAUACUUUUCACCAACACGCGUGUGAUUAUCGAAUUCGAAUGCUUUCCGUUUCCAAAGAUACACACAUACUUACUCAGUCACUCACUCACUCACUCACUCACUCACUCACUCACCCACACAUACACAGCGACAAACACAGAAAGACAUUCAACGAAUUUUUCACUUGUGUCCAUCAAAAAACGUGUAACCUUUUUAAGUAACAAAAAAAAAAUCACGUAUUCUAGUCGUUAAUAUGUAAGGAAAACUUGAAAAUGAUUUAAUAUUAUAAAUGAGCUUGUGAUGAGUUCUGGAAAAAAAUACCAAAACCAAAAAACAAUUGUUCCAAAUUAUAUAGGAGAGGAAACGAACAUAGAAACCAGUAGUAUUAUCCUCUCGGCUGAAGAAUCAAGUGGACUUCUUGAAACACGAAAAAUCAAACAUACUAUUCCACGCCUAGAGAAAACGAGUAUCAUAAAAGUAGAACAAAUCAACAACAGAAUACAAGAAAAAAAACCUUAGCAAAGAUUUAGAUGAAGAAAUGGAGGAGGAUCUAUUUUUGUAAAACUCCAUCCGACGCACGGUUUAGAAAAUACGGUUGGUUUGGGAACACCCGGGACGGUUAAACCAAGUCACGAGGGCAAGUCUAGAUGAAAUGAAAAUUUUGUGAAAAGAAGUCAUAAUAAAAUACAUCCAUUAGCAA